AUGAUGGCAAAAGUAUUCUACACACUGGCAGUCUUAUUAAUUUCUGUGUCACUUGGAUCCGCUAAAGAUCUGAAAAGGUCAAAGAGACAACUCCAAGUGUAUUAUAUGUGCAAUGGUGGUGUUUCACAGUAUCCCUGCAACUCUAACAACAACUGCAACAAUUAUAACAACUGCAACUUCAACAACUACGGAAACCAAGUGAUCCUCCCCAACUCUUUCUACAAUCCAGGAAUGAAUUGCAACUCGAAUUGCAACAAUUUCAAUUGCAACCAGUACUCUGGAUCAUGGCUCAACGGACAAUACGUUGCGUAUAGCAUGGGCUCGAAUGUGUACUCACCAUGUGCAAGCUCAUGUUGUUCAAAUAACAACAACAACUAUAAUCCAUACAUGAGCAUUAAUAACAACAAUGGAAACUACAACCCAUACAACUCAUUGCCUAUCAAUGGAAAUCUUCCAACAAACACCAACACUGGAAUUAACACCAAUGUGAACCAAUACUUGCCAUACGGAUCCCAACAGUUCACAGGAACUUAUCAGAAUGGACAAUUCUUCUGCGGAGCCACCGAACCAUCUGGAGGAGUGUGCCGUAACAACGGUGUCUGCCCAUCAGGUCACAGCUGUGUCGCUGGAAAUGUCUGCUGCAGAUGCCCCGUUGGUUCCUCCGCUGGGAACUGCAAUGUGAAAAGUGACUGUGCUGCUGGAUACGAAUGCAUGUCCACUGGAUAUUGCUGUCCAUCUCAACUCAAACCUGGAACUGAACUCCAAACAUGUCUGAAUGGAUUGUGCCCACAACCUGGUUACACUUGUGGAGUUGGAGAUUUGUGUUAUCCGGAUAGUUAUUUCUUGUAA